AUGACUUACGUCCUUGUCUAUCCACAAUUUAGAGUCCGCCGUUGGACAAUGCGACAGACUGGAGUUUUCUAUCACCAUAACGAAAAAGAACCGCAAGAUCUGUGGGUAUUUUUUCACGCGGGACAAAAUACUCUUGCUCAGAUCUCCAUUGAAAAUAUUCUUUCCCAAUCAGAAAUACGGCUAGACCAAGGAACAAUUUGGUCCUCAGUGCAUGCAGCAGUCUUUUCACCAUAUCUGAAGCAAUGGAAUUUAUAUUUGCAUUACCUGGGUUCAAAGGUUGAUGAAUAUGUAACUGACUCAUUAACACUCGAGUCAUCGGGUAUGGAUGACUUUUGGACGGCUAAUGGAGAUGGAAAACUUUUGGAUCUUCACUAUUAUGGAGAUCUAAUAUUACCAACGAGAUUCAGGCUCGAGGCAAUACUAAGUACUUUGGAACGAUUAGAAGAGAUCAGUCACCAGUUCUUUGAAAGGAGUUGUAACCUGGAAACUGGCUAUCUCAGGCUUGCUUUGGAUGCUUCCUAUUACAGAAAAUCUCUCCAGGGCCUUUUGCCAGGCAUCGAAGUUCUUGGAGAGAAGGUGAAAGACGUCCUACAGCGUUUACAAAUCGGGCUGAAUCUGAGAAUGAAUCACAAGAUGUUGAGUAUCAAUGAUGAGUUACUCAAACUUGGAAAUCAAAAUUUCGAUGAAAAUGCCACUGUGAAAGUGGUAACGUUUGUCACGAUGAUAUAUCUGCCCGCGAGCCUUGUUUCAUCGGUCCUGGGAAUGAACCUGUUCAAAUUUGACGAUGGAACGACAGAAGAAUUCACUAUAUCAAAACAGUUUUGGAUAUUUAUCGUUGCUACCAUUGUCCUGGCCAUUCUCACAGUUGGGCUAUGGUACAUAUGGACUCAUAAAGAGCAAAAGCGGCGUAUGAAAUCCAGAAUAACGGGCUUUUGGAGGCCUACUGCUUACGACGAAGCCCGGAAUGAACUCUCAGAGAAACAGCUGGAAAGAGUAUGA